CCGCCUCAGCCGCCCAUGGGCUCGGGGUCGCGCAGCCCCGCGCGGCGGCCCCGGGAGCAGAGCCGGGAGCGGGGCCGGGAGCGCUCCGGCUGCCGGGGGAAGCGGCGGCGGGAGCCGAGCUCGGGCUCCGAGUCUGGCGAGGAGAGGCAGAAAUGGAAGCGGAAGAAGAGCAGGAGCCGGGACCGGCACCAGGGCAGCCGCAGGAGGCACCGCUCGCACUCCCGGGGCCGCUCCUCCGGGUCGAGCUCCGAGCGUGAGCGGGACCAAAGGAGAGCCCGGAGGAGGGAGCGGAGGAAGAGGGAUGGCUCCAAUUCCUCCAUGUCCUCUGUGAGCUCCCCCUCCCCUGCUCGCGGCCGGGAGGAAACGGGGCAGCAGCUGAGCCUGCAGGAGCGCCUGAGGCUGAAGGAGGAGAAGAAGAAGCAGGCUGCGCUCAUGAAAGCCCUGGAGACGCCCGAGGAGAAGCGGGCUCGGCGGCUGGCCAAGAAGGAGGCCAAGGAGAGGAAGAAGCGGGAGAAGAUGGGAUGGGGAGAGGAGUACAUGGGUUACACCAACACUGACAACCCCUUUGGGGACAACAAUCUGCUGGGCACCUUCAUCUGGAGCAAGGCACUGGAAAAGAAAGGAAUCAGCCACUUGGAUGAGAAGGACCUGAAGGAGAGGAACAAGCGAAUCCAGGAGGACAAUCGCCUAGAGCUGCAGAAGGUGAAGCAGCUGCGCCUGGAGCGAGAGCGGGAGAAGGCAAUGCGGGAGCAGGAGCUGGAGAUGCUGCAGCGGGAGAAGGAAGCAGAACACUUCAAAACGUGGGAGGAGCAGGAGGACAACUUCCACCUGCAGCAGGCCAAGCUGCGGUCCAAGAUCCGGAUUCGGGAUGGGAGAGCAAAGCCUAUUGACCUUCUGGCCAAGUACAUCAGUGCGGAAGAUGACGAUCUGGCUGUGGAGAUGCACGAGCCCUACACCUUCCUGAACGGCCUGACUGUCUCCGACAUGGAGGAUCUGGUGGAGGACAUCCAGGUUUACAUGGAGCUGGAGCAAGGGAAGAACGUGGACUUCUGGAGGGACAUGACCAUCAUCACGGAGGAUGAGAUAGCCAAGCUCCGCAAACUGGAGGCCUCUGGGAAAGGAGGACCAGGAGAGCGUCGAGAUGGCGUCAAUGCCUCAGUCAGCUCCGAUGUGCAAUCUGUGUUCAAGGGGAAGACGUACAACCAGCUACAAGUGCUGUACCAGGGUAUUGAGAGCAAGAUCCGGGCAGGGGGUCCCAACCUGGACAUUGGGUACUGGGAGAGUCUACUGCAGCAGCUGAAGGCUUACAUGGCUCGGGCCAGGCUGCGGGAGCGGCACCAGGAUGUGCUGCGCCAGAAGCUGUACAAACUGAAGCAGGAGCAGGGUGUGGAGAGUGAGCCUCUCUUUCCUAUCAUCAAGCAGGAACUGGCCUCCCCCAGCGACAGUCCUCUCUUCUGUCUUCCUUGCAGGUUAGAUCCAGAGGAGAUGGUACAGCCAGGGCCAUCCUCGGAGCCAGAGGCUGAGCAGGAUGCAGAGGCCAAGGGAGAGGCUGUGCUGAUGGAGGAGGACCUGAUCCAGCAGAGCCUGGAUGACUAUGAUGCAGGGAAGUACAGCCCCCGGCUGCUGAGCACCAGUGAGCUGCCCUUCGAUGCCCAUGUGCUGGAGGCCGAGGAGGACACUCAUCGCCUGCUGCUCCUGCGUCAGCAGCUGCAGGUCACAGGUGAUGCCACUGAGAGCACGGAUGACAUCUUCUUCCGUAAGGCUAAGGAGGGGAUGGGCGCAGAUGAAGCACAGUUCAGUGUGGAGAUGCCCCUCACAGGCAAAGCUUAUCUCUGGGCUGACAAGUACCGGCCCCGCAAGCCGCGCUUCUUCAACCGGGUGCACACAGGCUUCGAGUGGAACAAGUACAACCAGACCCACUAUGACUUUGACAAUCCUCCUCCCAAGAUCGUGCAGGGCUACAAGUUCAACAUCUUCUACCCUGACCUCAUCGACAAGCGCUCGACACCCGAGUACUUCCUGGAGGCCUGUCAGGACAACAAGGACUUUGCCAUCCUGCGCUUCCAUGCUGGGCCCCCCUAUGAGGACAUUGCCUUCAAGAUCGUCAACCGCGAGUGGGAGUAUUCCCACCGGCACGGCUUCCGCUGCCAGUUUGCCAAUGGGAUCUUCCAGCUCUGGUUCCACUUCAAGCGGUACCGGUACCGCAGAUGAGGAGCUGCCCCACUCGCCUCCAGAGCCCUGGCACAAGGGCAUCUCUCUCCCAGUGACAUGCACUGCCCCACAGCCCUCCCCAAGGCGUGGACCAGCACAGGGCCUGUUCCUGAGGGAUUUCCCUGUCCUUGCUUUUAUCCUGAGGGACCCAGAGACUUUGGUACCAAUAAAUAGGGGUUGUUUAA